GGACGGAUCGCUGCUGGCGCUGGCCGCAGAGCUCCCUCCAGGGCGUGUCCUGGGUCGCCCGCGCCAGCUUCGGCAGCGCCGCGCCCGCGGAGCUGGCGCCCGCGCCGCCCGCGCACGGCGGCAUCGCUGACGCCGGGCCCUGCGCGGUGUCGCAGGUGCCCCAGCUCACGGGGCUGCGGAAGCGGAGCG